AGACAGCUGUCCUCUGGAGUCCGCCGGACUCGCGGACCUUUUCUCCUCAAGUCUUGUUUCCGAGCGGAUCACACGCUGACGUACGCUUUGGAGCCAAAGUUCCGAGGCCUUCGAAGAAGGGAACGUGAGCAACCAUGACCGGGCAGCGCAUCCCGGUACCUCGGCUCGAGGGCGUUACGCGGGAGCAGUUCAUGCAACAUUUCUACCCACAGAGAAAACCUCUUGUGUUGGAAGGAAUUGACAUAGGAGCAUGUACAAGCAAAUGGACAGUGGAUUACCUAAGCCAAGUUGGAGGGACAAAAGAAGUAAAGAUUCAUGUUGCUACAGUUGAACAGAUGGACUUCAUUAGUAAGAAUUUUGUAUAUAGAACUUUGCCUUUUGACAAGUUGGUCCAGAGGGCAGCUGAAGAAAAGCAUAAAGAAUUCUUUAUUUCAGAGGAUGAGAAAUACUACUUACGGUCUCUUGGAGAAGACCCUAGAAAGGAUGUUGCAGAUAUCAGAAAGCAAUUUCCUUUAUUAGAAGGAGAUAUUAAGUUUCCAAACUUCUUCAAAGACGAACAGUUCUUUUCCAGUGUUUUUCGAAUUAGUUCACCUGGAUUACAGCUUUGGACCCACUAUGAUGUAAUGGAUAACUUUUUAGUACAAGUAACAGGAAAAAAGCGUGUUACACUAUUCAGCCCUCGAGAUGCCCAGUACUUAUAUCUAUCAGGUACUAAAUCAGAAGUACUAAAUAUAGACAACCCAGACUUAGUUAAAUAUCCACUCUUUUCCAAGGCUAGAAGGUACGAGUGUACCCUUAAAGCUGGUGAUAUAUUAUUCAUUCCUGCUUUAUGGUUCCAUAAUGUAAUUUCUGAAGAGUUUGGAGUGGGAGUGAAUGUCUUUUGGAAGCACCUUCCAUCUGAAUGCUAUGAUAAAACAGACACCUAUGGAAACAAAGAUCCUAAAGCAGCAUCAAGAGCUGCACAAAUUUUAGACAGAGCCUUAAAAACACUGGCUGAAUUACCAGAGGAAUACAGGGACUUCUAUGCACGGCGAAUGGUCUUAUACAUUCAAGACAAAGCCUACAGCAAGAACUUUGAGUAAAUAAUAAAGUGAAUGUGAUGAAUAAUCUUUUAAUAAAAUUUAGUUCAGACAUUGAGAAAGUAUAACAAGUUAUAAAUUUUUAAAGAUUCAUUCUUUGUUAAAAUAGGACAGAUAAAUCAGUCUCAGAUUUACAGAUUAACUAAAUAUGAUGUGGGUCUUGGUAUGGUUUCUACUUGAUACAGAUUGUUAAAAGAGUUUUAAAGAGUGCCAUACUAGGACUACUCAUUAGCUGUACGAUGCAAAUUAUUGGGCUAGGGAUAUAGGUUGGUGAUACACACAUGCUUAGGGUCCUGGAUUUGAUCUUCAACACCAACAAACACACAAACAAAAAAAACCCCAAAUAAUUAAAAAUCCAACUUAAAAUGAUUCCAGCAAUAAGAAACUAUAUUGACUCUCAUUACAUGAAGUCUCUGAUAGGUUUCAGUGUUUCCAAUCCAUUGAUUUGGUAAUGUCACCAAACUUUGGAGAUUUUUUCCCCCUUUCUCUAGCCACAGCAUUGGCAGUUAUCCUAAGGCUGGCUACCCUUGUGGUCAUGGGAUGAUUGCCAGUAGUUGGGGCCUUGUGUAUCUUCAUUUAAAUGCAGCAGAAGAAUCUGGCUGGAUUCCAGUGGUUCUGUGUUAAUAUGGAAAUUUGGUAGCAAAUUUCCCAGAAUUUGCUACCAAAUCCUUGGGUCUUAUUGAUGUAUAAAGUAGCUUAGAUCUGCCCAUCCCUGAGCUAGUCAUUAGGCAAAGGAUAUAAAAUAACCCUUAGGCUAGUCAGGUCUCCUGGAGCUGGGAAUAGAAUCGUUUUUGAGGCCUAUGAGGUAUGGAUGGGGCAGAAUGGAUAAUUUUUAAAACCAGGGUUCUGAUAGGAAAGGAAAAACAGUGGACAACCAUCUAAGUUUUCUACUACAUUUGCAUGUAAUCAGAAUCUUUUGAGGCAUUUUUUUUGAACACUUAUAUGCCUAGGCUCCAACUAUGUUAUAUGUUAUAUUCAGUACAUUUGGGAUUUGGUAUAGGUAUCUAAUAGACCUUAUAAGCUGUUUUGAUGUAUAAUCAGGACUGAGAAUCAUUGGACUAUAGUGAUUUGUAUUAUUAGUUUUGUGAUUUAUCCAAAACAAAUGUUUAAUUGAUCCUGGUUUUGAUCCUGAUAUGUCAAAUCAGCCUCCUUUUAAAAUUUUUUUAUAUAGAAAAUAAAUCAGUUUUAGUUUAUAUGUAUGGCUAAAUAUCAACCUAAUUAAAGUUUCUCCUACUAAAUACAUUUUUACCUAGUCUUUUUCUAAAUAAAUGUUUGUUUGUUUUUAAUGAAAGAUCCUAAUGUUGUCUUUGAAGACAAUGGGCCAUUGUGUGUCUUCUAUGCUAUUCUUUGUUUUGUACCUAGCCAUUAUGUUGCAAUGUCACUGGAACAAGACCAAGUAUAUUUAUUGAACACAAAUGUGCCCAUCCAAAGCAAUCUCUGUGAGUACAUCAUUUUUGGUGCAUUUUAAUUAAUUUUCUCUAUUGAAGAUAAUCCAUUCACUCAUGUUUUAUGCUGGAGUAGUUUCAGGCAUAAAAUGCGAAUCACAAUAAACAAGAAAGGAAAAGUUCUGAUUUUCCUAGGCAUCUUUUGAAAAACUUACUAAAUUAACUAAGAUCAACAAAGGUGAUAAAAAGUCUCUCAGAAAGGAACUGUUUUAAUAUACUAGCCAAAUCUAAUUACCAGAUUUUGUCUUUAUUUCUAAAACUAAGCAAGGAACUUCUUCAGUGAUUCCUGUUGUUUCAGGAAGAAGAAAGACAAAAUUCUCUUAGUUUUGUACAGUAUUUAUAGUCUGCUUUUAAUAAACUUUCCUCUCUUUGAAUUUCCCUUUUCUUAACCAAUAUGAGAAUCAGUGCAAAGUAUAAAUGUGGCAGUAAACCAGUUACAAUUGGCUUACUGAAUAUUCAUUUUAUUUUGUUUUGGUUAGUGGGGAAGAAAACUGGGUGAAGUUAAAUAACCUCUGAAGAUUAUUUUCCUCAUCUUUAAAAUAGAACUAAUGCUUCAUACGUUUCUACAAAAAAAUAUGAGGAGAUAGUUAAGAGCAGAAACAGUUGAUGGCUAGUGCUAGCUAUUCUAUUUAAUUUUCUUGCUAAGAGGUGUGAGGUAGCUCCUUUUGUAGUAUUACAUUUGGAAGGCUAGAGAUAAACCCUCUGGGAAGUUUUAAAAUUAUCUCUAAGGUUGUAUUUUUUGUUAGGGUCUGUUCAUUUUAAAAUUGAGAUAUUUUAAUCUUUUUUGCCUUUGGGGUUAAGGCCAAAUGAAUGAAAUAUUUCUCAGUAUAUGUUAAGGAUAACCUCACAGGGAUUCUAAUCAACCCAGAUUGUAUAAAUGCUUGUCCAGAUCCACACAGCUGUGAUAGAAGAUGGGAUUAAUUUCAGUGGUAGUGACCAUAUUCUCUCUUCUUAAUGUGUAGCAUAUCUCAAAUACUUCUGAAUGGAUUGGAUAGCUUUUCUUUGGCUAGUUUGGGAGCUGGACCUGAUGUACAAAGGAAUUUUCUUCUCAACAAACCUUCAUAUAUACAAGGAUUCAAAAUAAAACUAAUAAGCAGGCAGACAGCAGAAUAUAAUACAAAAAAUGGAACAGUGCAGCUGAAGAAUAAAGCAAAGGUAUAUGUACUGGUGUGGAAUUUUCCCAAUGUAACAUCAUACAAAAGGUGUCAAAAUAUGCUGCCAUUUGUGUAAAAUAAGGUGCUGUAUGUAAAUAUUUAUAUAGGCAUGAAUUAGCUCUGCAAGACUUUACAAGAAACUAGUGAUAGUGGUUGCCUCUGAGAAGAGGCUGAAGAGCCAGUGGCAAGACUGGCAGUUUUGUAUUACUUGAAUUUUUGUUCAUAUCAUCCUUUCAAAAUACAUUUUUAAAGCAUUA